AUGCUCUAUGCGAGCAGUAAAGUACACUUGUCUCUUCUAUCUAUCUAUCUAUCUAUCUAUCUAUCUAUCUAUCUAUCUAUUAAACUACCCAGCAAGUCAGCUGUCACAUUCUGUUAUCUAUCUAUCUAUCUAUCUAUCUAUCUAUCUAUCUAUCUAUCUAUCUAUCUAUCUAUCUAUCUAUUAAACUACCCAGCAAGUCAGCUGUCACAUUCUGUUAUCUAUCUAUCUAUCUAUCUAUCUAUCUAUCUAUCUAUCUAUCUAUUAAACUACCCAGCAAGUCAGCUGUCACAUUCUGUUAUCUAUCUAUCUAUCUAUCUAUCUAUCUAUCUAUCUAUCUAUCUAUCUAUCUAUCUAUUAAACUACCCAGCAAGUCAGCUGUCACAUUCUGUUAUCUAUCUAUCUAUCUAUCUAUCUAGUAAACUAUCCAGCAAGUCAGCUGUCACAUUCUCUUAUCUAUCUAUCUAUCUAUCUAUCUAUCUAUCUAUCUAUCUAUCUAUCUAUCUUGUAAACUACCCAGCAAGUCAGCUGUCACAUCUAUCUAUCUAUCUAUCUAUCUAUCUAUCUAUCUAUCUAUCUAUCUAUCUAUCUUGUAAACUACCCAGCAAGUCAGCUGUCAUCUAUCAUCAUCUAUCUAUCUAUCUAUCUAUCUAUCUAUCUAUCUAUCUAUCUAUCUAUCUAGUAAACUACCCAGCAACUCAGCUGUCACAUUCUGUUAUCUAUCUAUCUAUCUAUCUAUCUAUCUAUCUAUCUAUCUAUCUAUUGAACCGUAAAUUUGUUUCAGAACGAAAAGUAGGCGGGUUAGAAUAA